UCAGUGGCACACCGCACGCGACAUGUCAGCGGUCCGCCUGUGCUGCGCGCUGUGGCGGCGCGGUCCGUCACUCGCUCGCUCGCUGCGCACGCCGAGCCUCACAGCGCGCUGCAGCAUGUCGUCCGCCGAGCAGCCCGCCGCCGCCGCCGCCGCCGCCUACGUGGCCGAGGAGCGCGGCGCGCCCUACUCGCCCGACUACCGCGUCUACUUCCGCGACGCGGGCGGGCCCAUCUCGCCACUGCACGACAUCCCGCUGUGGGCCGACCGCGGCGCGCGGCUGGCGCACAUGGUGGUGGAGGUGCCGCGCUGGACCAACGCCAAGAUGGAGAUCAGCCUCGGCGAGCCGCUCAACCCCAUCAAGCAGGACGUGAAGAAGGGUGCGCUGCGCUACGUGGCCAACGUGUUCCCGCACCGCGGCUACAUCUGGAACUACGGCGCGCUGCCGCAGACGUGGGAGGACCCCCGCCACGUGGACGCCGACACCGGCGCGCGCGGCGACAACGACCCCAUCGACGUGCUGGAGAUCGGCUCGCGCGUGGCGCGGCGCGGCGACGUGCUCGUCGUCAAGCUGCUCGGCGCGCUGGCGCUCAUCGACGAGGGCGAGACGGACUGGAAGCUGCUGGCCAUCGACGCGCGCGACCCCGCGGCGCCCGCGCUGCGCGGCCCGCGCGACGUGGAGGCGCACUUCCCCGGCCUGCUGCGCGCCACGGUGGAGUGGUUCCGCCUGUACAAGGUGCCCGACGGCAAGCCGCCCAACGUGUUCGCGUUCGACGGCGAGGCCAAGGACGAGGACUUCGCGCUGCGCGUCGUGGACGAGGUGCACGAGUCGUGGCGCGCGCUGCAGCGCGGCGAGGCGGGCGCCGACAUCUGCGCCACCAACGUGUCGGUGGAGGGCAGCGCUGCGCGCGUUGAGCGCUCGGAGGCGGCGCGCACACUGGCCGCGCAGCCGCCCGCCGCGCAGCCGCUGCCGCUGCCGCCGCACGUGGACAAGUGGCACUUCGUGUCGAACCUGUAGCGUGCGUCGUGCGCCGUGCGUCGUGCGUCGUGCGUCGUGCACACGACGGAGUGGGGUGUAGGAUAUAAGAGUAGUGGAGAGGCAGCGUGUGGGGGUGGCUGUAACUUUACGAGCGUGUUGUUAAUUUAUGUAAGCUUUAUAAUAUAACUAUUUUUGUA